AAGCUGACACACGGUCUCAUUCCUUCUGUGGUCGAUAAUGGCGUCCACCUCCGCUCGCACUGCCAUGGUGCCAUGGAACCUGACCCAUUCUGAUAGCAGACAAGCCAGUGAAUGAUACCCACCACCGCACUCUUCCCUCAAUCAAUUCCACUCCUCCAAUUCUUGGCGGUGCUCAUGACGACGGACGUCGAAUCCAAUGCUUUCGAGGAGACGAGGCAGCGGCGGAGCGGCUCGUGGCGGGUGGUGCUGUCGCUGGCGUACCAGAGCCUGGGCGUGGUCUACGGCGACCUUGGCACGUCGCCGCUGUACGUGUACAAGAGCACGUUUGCGGAGGACAUCCACCACUCGGAGAGCAACGAGGAGAUCUACGGCGUGCUCUCCUUCGUCUUCUGGACGCUCACCCUCGUGCCGCUGCUCAAGUACGUCUUCAUCGUGCUCCGCGCCGACGACGACGGCGAGGGCGGCACCUUCGCGCUCUACUCGCUCCUCUGCCGGCACGCCCGCGUCGGGUUCCUCCCCAACGGCCAGCGCGCGGACGAGGAGAUUUCCGCCUACAAGAAGACGGACGACGCCGGCGCCGGAGGGGAGGCGUCGCCCUCGGGGCUGAAGGCGGCGCUGGAGAGGCACCAGGUGCUGCAGAAGUUGCUGCUGCUACUUGCCCUAAUUGGCACGUGCAUGGUCAUCGGCGACGGAGUCCUCACGCCGGCGAUUUCCGUUUUCUCGGCGGUUUCAGGGCUCGAGCUUUCCAUGUCCAGGGAACACCACAAAUAUGUUGAAGUUCCUAUAGCAUGUCUAAUACUGAUCUGUUUGUUCGCCCUGCAACAUUAUGGAACGCAUCGAGUCGGGUUCUUGUUUGCCCCGAUAGUUAUCGUUUGGCUUCUAUGCAUCAGUUCGAUCGGUGUUUAUAACAUUUUCCACUGGAAUCCACAUGUUUAUCAAGCAUUGUCUCCAUACUACAUGUACAAGUUCUUGAAAAAAACUCAAAGAGCAGGCUGGAUGUCCUUGGGUGGGAUUCUAUUAUGCAUAACAGGUUCAGAAGCCAUGUAUGCAGAUUUGGGACAUUUCUCACAGUUAUCUAUCAAGAUUGCUUUUACGUUCGUGGUUUAUCCAUCGUUGAUCCUAGCAUAUAUGGGACAAGCAGCUUAUUUGUCCAGACACCACACCAUUGCCAAUGACUAUAGAAUUGGAUUCUAUGUCUCGGUACCAGAGCAAAUAAGGUGGCCUGUUCUAGUUAUAGCUAUACUCGCGGCGGUCGUAGGAAGCCAAGCCAUUAUUACUGGUACCUUCUCGAUAAUCAAGCAGUGCUCAGCUUUGGGUUGUUUUCCUCGAGUGAAGAUCGUUCAUACAUCUGCCAAAUUUCAUGGACAAAUAUACAUCCCCGAGAUUAACUGGAUACUAAUGAUACUGUGUUUGGCAGUGACAAUUGGUUUCAGGGACACAAAGCAUAUGGGUAAUGCUGCAGGGUUGGCUGUGAUUACGGUCAUGCUGGUUACGACUUGCUUGAUGUCGUUAGUGAUAGUUUUGUGCUGGCACAAGAGCAUAUUUGUGGCACUAUCCUUCAUCCUCUUCUUUGGAACGAUUGAGGCUCUUUACUUCUCGGCUUCAGUCAUCAAGUUCUUGGAAGGAGCAUGGGUUCCUAUCGCGCUUUCCUUCAUCUUCAUGCUAAUCAUGUACGUUUGGCACUAUGGCAUGCUCAAGAAGUAUGAAUUCGACGUCCAAAAUAAGGUCUCGAUCGAUUGGCUCCUCAGCCUCAGUCCUAGUCUCGGCAUCGUGCGCGUCAAUGGCAUCGGUCUCAUACAUACAGAGCUCGUGUCAGGAAUUCCAGCCAUAUUCUCCCACUUCAUUACCAAUCUACCUGCAUUCCAUCAGGUGCUUGUGUUCCUUUGCAUCAAGUCUAUCCCUGUGCCGCAUGUCCAACCAGAGGAGCGGUUCCUUGUCGGAAGGAUUGGUCCCAGGGAGCACAGGAUUUAUCGGUGCAUCGUUCGAUAUGGGUACCGUGAUGUGCACAAGGAUGAUUUGGAGUUCGAAAAGGACUUGGUGUUCAGUGUCGCGGAGUUUAUCAGGUCAGGGACACCGGGACAAAAUGACCAUGCCAACGAACCUGACAAAGUCGGUGAGAAAAUGACUGUCGUUGGAGCUGGAAUUCGGUUGCGAGAAUUGAAUGUUGAUCCAGACGAAGCAGCUGGCCCCUCCGAUUCAACAGAGAUACAGUCGGCCGUGAAAGGGUGCAGGAAGAAGGUGAGGUUCGUGCUGCCGGCUAGCGAGCAGAUGAAUGCGAGAGUGAGGGAGGAGUUGCAAGAGCUAAUGGAGGCACGAGAAGCGGGAAUGGCGUUCAUUCUCGGGCAUUGCUAUGUGAGGGCGAAGAGCGGAUCGGGAUUCAUCAAGAGGCUUGCGAUCAACGUCGGUUACGACUUCUUGAGGAGGAACAGCCGGAGUCCGGCGUAUGCAGUGAACAUACAACAUGCUUCUACUUUAGAGGUGGGAAUGGUCUACUAUGUUUGAACUGAGAGUGAGUCUGUUAUACACUUCCAUGUACAUUAAGGUUAUAGAUCAAGUUGCCUUCUCCCCAAA